AUGUCGCAUAACUUGUUGAACGUUCCUCUCCGUCAAACGUUCCAGCCUCCGAUUAGGCAAGCUCUGAGGUCAUACAUCAAUCAGAAGCACCCAGAGACACAUCCUGAUGCCUUCAAGUGGGAUAUAUCUGAGUGGGAGUCUCAAAGGAAGAAAGCCACGUCGAUGAAUGUUCAUGAAGACACGAUUGCGCUUGUGUUGAGGCGGCUUGCUUAUCUCCUCACAAAGCUUCCUCCAGAUAUUGGACUGUCCUUCUCUUAUGGACAAAUGUUUUCUCCGGCUUCCCCUGUGGAAAUAUCCAAUCUACACUACGAACGCGCAUCGACCCUUCUGAACUUGGCUAUUCUCUUCUGCCAACUGGGAACAACUGAAGAUCGUGCAUCGCAGGAAGGGCUAAAGAGAGCAGUUUUAUGCUUCAAGAGAGGAGCUGGGACUAUAUCAUACAUUCUGUCCAACGUUUUGCCUGCGCUUCAGAAGUCUCUACAGAAUGCUGGCGUGCCGAUACCCACCGAUCUCGACGAAGAUUUCUUGAGGUUUCUUCGAGGUGUCAUGAUCGCUGAGGCCCAAGAGUCCGCUUGGCAAAAGGCGCGUCUGAAUGGACUGUCGAAUGGGAGUAUAGCCAGGCUUGCUUCAAAGGCUUCCAAAUUUUAUUCUGAUUCCUUGGAAUUCAUCGAUGCCGAUAGCCGUCUUUCUGUUUACGUACCAGAGGACGUGAUCGCUCACUUGAGAUGUAAAUCUCAUCAUUUUGCCGCUGUUGCGCAAUAUCGGCUUAGUAUGGACCAUGGAGUGUCUGGGAAGGAUCGCUUCGCGAGAAUCCAGGCUGCAAUGGAUUCCGCGAGUAAGGGGAAAGCCUCCCAAGAGGUUUUCAACGAUGCCAAGUCGCUCGAUGACAGGAUUAAUACUGAACUCAGAACGGUUUCUCAUGCGAAUGACUUGAUUUAUCAUGAAGACGUCCCACCCCCCUCUACAGUCCCGCCAAUUCCAGGUGUUGCGGUUGUCGAAGAUGACGUUCUCCCGCAGCUCAGUGACCCAGCUUCAGUUUUGGGAGGUGCAAGAUCGGAAACUUUGAUUUUCGGUGGCUUGGAGAGUUGGGGUAUCCGAAGAGCUUGCGACAUAUUCAAAAAUCAGAGAUCCAACUAUAUAGAAGAUGAGCUAGCCGGCAUGCAGCAUGAUUCCGACCUUGUGGCCAUGAGCAAAUUGAAUGCUCUCAACCUUCCAGCAGCAUUGGAUGCGCUGUCGCAGCCGAUCGGCCUCCCCCCAAGUCUUCUUCAGCAAGCUGGAAAGGUUAGAUCAGAAGAUGGACCAAAUAAAAUCAUGAAGAUGCUGGAGGACGCGCCGAUGCUAGCCAAUCAAUGCCGAAACAUCAUUGAGGAUGCUUUUAACGGUCUUGAUGAGGAGGCAGACUACGAUGAAGAACUUCGUUCUGCAUAUGCACAGCACGAUAGAUGGACACGACCGACCUCAUCCGAGGCAAAUGGUCGACUGACUCAGCGCGCUCAAACGGAGCAGCAACUAUUAGCACGACAAGCGAUGAGCAUGAGGACAGGCGGAUUUGGAAGCGGCUGUACCGCAAUCGACCAUUCCGGCCGGCACCCUGACGCUCGCACAGCAGGGGCGCGUCAGCGCCAAGAGACCAAGGUCCAGGCGCGCGCGCUUCAGCAAUUGCUCGAGAAACUUGACGACCUGAAGAGUGCACGUGAAACAAUCCUGUCUCGAUCGAGACAUCUGGCUCAGGAGGACGACAUUAAGCCUAGUGUAGUGCGGAAAGCAAACACUUUUGAGGCUUGGUCAGAAAUUGGCCCCGAGGUUUUCGAUGACAUUGUGAAUGAAGGUCUGGCCAAGUACGACAAAUUUAGGGACCAGUUGGAGGAAAACGCUUCUGUUCAAGAGGAGGUUCUGAUCAAGAUAGAGGCGCAAAACGAGCGCUUCUUGAGCUCCAGGAAGGAGGACCCGACGAUCAAAGAAAGGGAAGAAAAGCUGAAGUCACUGAGCAAGGGAUUUCAGGCCUACAUUGAUAUUAAGAGGAGAUUGGAGGAGGACAUAAGGUUUUAUAACGAGAAAGCUGUUGAGCUAAAUGGCUUCAGAAUAAUUGUGAACGAGUGGUGCGAGGAACGUCGUGCAAGCGUUCGCUGGUUGGAAAUGAGCCUGAACGAAGUCCCGGAACAUCUCUUAUCGUCGUCAGGAUCGCAGGCUGUAACCUCAGCCAAGAAGAAGCCGGAAAUAUCAGGGAUGGCACCAGAGAAGUGGAAUCCUAGUCUACAACCAGCCAAAGCAGAAACCCCUACGGAGAGUGAGACGCCCACGGCACCUUCCACAUCCCCGUUAGUCGUGCCUUCCAUUCCCAACACGAAUCUGGGCGCCGCUGCCAGUAUCCCCAGCCCAUUCUCAGGGAAAUGGGAGCAAACACCAGAACUCACACCAGAACCUCGACCCAAGAAGGAGCCAAAGAAGAAGAAUAAAGCGAAAGAACUCGCAUGA